AUGACCGAGUUUGGAGGUGGUCUGUCGCGUCUGAAGUCUUCUCUCCAGAAAUUUCAACCCAACUUUUGUCGAGACCUUGUCGAAGUCCCCGGGGGCGAUGACUGGAAAAUUAGGAGUAGGUUCUUUUUGCUGAAGUUUCAAGAAAACUGAUAUCCUCAUUCUUUGUUCAGGACUGACUUUUGAAAAGCCAGAAUUUUGCUGGAAGCUGCCUGGAACAAGUGCUAUCGUCGUAUAUCAUUUGAACCAGUUGAAGGUUCAUUUCUCAGCGUUCUAAUAAGUUUCGAAAAUUUUUAGAAAGAUAAGCUGGAAAAUCAGCCACAAGAUUAUUUCUACGCCGAUGUUUCCAAUUUUGUCUCUCCAGUGGAAAUUUCUCUUCAGGUUGAUUCUAAACAAACCUCAAAACUCGUUCAAAAUCGAAAAAUUCAGCCGAAAUCUCUCUCAACGGCCCGAAAGAACCUCCAAAACUCUCUCAAUGUCACCUACAAGACUUCUGAUUUUACAGUUUUGGAUGAUAUCAACGUAUUUUCUGAAGUUAUAUGCUCCGUUGAAGAAUCAGGGCGUUGGUAUCGAGGCCGAAUUUGUCAAGUUUCAGGCGAAGACCAGUAAGAACUCCAGAAAAAACCUUUACAAAUCAUUUAUCCAGUGUUCUGGUCGAAUUAGUCGACAUUGGAACUCGUGUUCUCGUACAAAGAAUCCAACUCCGACCCUUAUUGGCAAAAUUUGGCCGAGCUCCGCCGUUAUGCCUUCGAUGUCGAGCAAAAGGUUUGAAAGCAAAAUAGUUCAAAAAGAAAAUAGAAAAAACGUUGGUUUCUUCUUGAAAAACGCAAAAGAUUCUGCACGAAGUGGGAUUCGAACCCACGCACCCAUACGAGUACCAGAACGCCCAGGAGCCUCGAACUCGAGGCAAGCUCUUCGCUUGAGUCUGGCGCCUUAGACCACUCGGCCAUCCGUGCUGGUGACUGCCAUUGGCCUGCCACGGCGCUAAGUUACCUCUCCUUUUUUCGGUUGUGUGCUGUGUGCGUUGAAGUCCCACUUUUAUUCCUCUUUUGUUUUGUUUUUUUGUUUCUUUUUUCGAAAUUCAAUGGAUACUAAAAUGGAGGAGCGGAAAAAACCUCAAAAAAGAAAUUUAUUUUCAACUGGUUGCUUCAAAACAGUAAUUUUUUCGUUUUGGAGCACUUUUGCUUUUUUCGAAAAUGAAAUUUUAAUUUUUCCUCGCGCGUUUUUUUUUCUUUCAUCGAUGGAUUUAAUUGAAAAUCGUAUUAAUGCCGUGUUCAAAGUAAUUUCCGCGUAAUGCAAAAUACCCGUUAGAGAAAGGAAAAGAUCACUAAAUUUUGGAGAGUCAGAGAUCAUUUUGCAUUUCGCGGAAAUUACUUUGAACACGGCAUAAGUUUCAAAAGAUUUCCUGAUUAUUGAAAAGAUCCUAAACAGUGCAGUUUUUCAGUUUUGUUAUAUUUUCGCCUUUUCUGAUAAACUUUCCAUUUUGGCCCUGAAAUUUCGGUUCAUUCUCAUUUGGAAUUUGUUUGUUGCGUUUCGAUAUUUUUUUCGUUCUACAUUAAACAGUUUGUUCAACCGUGAUGUAUAUUAUGUCUUGCAGGAGUUUCAAUAAAUGACCUCGAAACGAAGGAUUUGGUGGAUUUCAAGAAAAUAAUUGAAUCUUGUAAUGCAUUGGUCCGUGUUGAGCUUCUUUCGCAAGAAGAGCCGUAUUUGGUAGGUAUUAAGAUAGGUUUUUUUUCUGUUUAUUAAUUAAGUUCCAAUACAUAAAUAUAGUUUAAGGUGAACUUACUGCACCCGACGAUUUUGGGCAAAAAUAUUUGCCAAACUUUUUUCCCGCCUCAAGAAGACGUUGGAAAAUUGGCAAGAUAUGAGAGGAGCUGGGAUCGACAUGUGAAGAAAAUGGUGAUUGUUUAGUUUUGAAAUAGAAUGAAAUUUUUUUCAGAAUGAAGAGUUUGACGACGACGAGGACGAUCAUUGGAAUCAUCAUUGGACCGAGAAAGAUAAGCCUGAAGCGGGUGACCGCAUGAGGUUUAUAGUUGAAAAUUCUGAUUUUUUCUUCCGGAGAAACUCGACAAACUUUAUUGAACCCUAUACGCAUUGUUAACGUUUUCUGACUAGUGAGCCUGAAAAUUUUUUAUGGGUUAUUUUCGAAGCUUCAUGCAUGGUUCUGUCUGUUUUUCAACAAUUUUUUUAUUGUUUUUCAAACUUUAUUUUUUUGAACUCUUGAAAAUAUAAGAAAAGCAGAGGUUUUGAUUGGAAGUAGUGCAAUCGUUUGAAAAGUGUUUUUCUACCUAAAAAAUUAUUUCCUUGCAUUUUUGAGAUUUUCACUCGGUUAGAAUUCAGUAAUUUUUCUUUUUUAAGAUUUUGAACAUUUCCUUGAUCUUCAAACAUUCCAAGAAGUUGUCGUUGAAAAAGUUUCGUUUUUACUAUUGAAUUUGGAAAAUUUCGACGUUUUCAAAGAAAAAAGUUGAAAUUUUCCCAAAAAGGCUUUUUUUUUCCUCUUUUUCGAAUGUCAUAAUGAAUAGAAUUACUUCUCAGCAAAACCACCUACAUCUCUCGCCUCUCUCGUUGCGGCAAAGUCUCUCGCUUCGAUGAUGACGUCAUCCACGUGGGACACGUUGAAAAUGCCUAUUUGAUAUACCUCCAUUACCCUUGGCAAAUUGAACUGAGAAGGAAAAUCGAGAAAAAUUUGAAAGAAAAGGUCUUUUUUUAUAAUUGAGUUUUUCUGGAUGUUUGUAUGAGUAUGGAGAAAAAGUCUGUAAAAAGUUUUUACGAGUUUUUUUUUAAAGUUUUUUGAGACAAGUGUUUUAAACAUUUUCUGAAGCUGCUAUUGACGUGUUUGUUCAAAAAUUCAAAAAAUCCUUUUUACAGUGGACCCAAUUUCCUCCAGUAAAUCAACAUUCUAUCGAUUUAUUAUAUGUUAUUCAAUACCCUGAAGAAUGUUUCCAUCGAGUUACUGUCACCGAAGUUGAUGAGGAUACGGUGACCGUACUCCUGGUGGAUUACGGUACCUAUGCGACUUUUCCGAAAGGCCUGAAGGAGCUGAGAUGGAUCCCGUCGGAGCAACCUUUCUCGGAGCCACCGACGGUUCAUUAAAUUUUCCUUUUCUCAAAAACUUUAUCGAAUGAUUUAGCUGUUUAUUGUUGGCCUGAACUCCAAGAAUGGUCACCCACACGAAUCGGAGACCAACUUGCUGAGAAGAUUUUUACCUACAAGUUUGGAAAUUCGUUUUCGAUGGGAUCGAAAGUCAAAAAAUGUGAGGAGUUUCGAAUAGAUUUGAGAAAAGAGGUGGAAAAAUGAUUCAAGAUUUGGAAAUAGUUUUUUAGUGAUAUACAUAUCAUAGCAAAAAUAGGCUGCAUUUGAGGAAGUCAAAAUUAGGCUAAAAAUAUAAUUUUCUCUUUGAAAACUUCAGUGGAAAAACGUUACAGAACAGUUUUUUUUAUCAAUUGAUUGGCUGUGAAAUUCUGAAUAAGUUCUUUCUCAACAAAAAAAUGGUUUUUGAUACCUUUUCUUUCAGUGACUCAAAUUGAGAAAAAGGUACAUAUUUGGAUGUUUUCAGGCCCCUUUCCGUGGUUCCAUUUCAACUCCGACAAGCCCCAAUGUAUUUGAAGAUGUUCUGGAAAUGUAAUUGUAGCUUAAAAUCUAUUCAUUUUUAACUUUAUUUAGUUUAUCGAAAAGUCAUAUCGACGUCGCCUGUCGCUCCUUACUACCAUACACUCGACGCGAAACCACACAAGAAGUAAGUGGAAACAAAUUUGUCUACCGUACUACCUGUCAUCCGAAUUAUGUCAAAGGCGACUUGGAGACUGUGACGUUUGGAGCUUUUUCUCUGUAG